AUGUCCUUUGAUUCAUCCACCCUUCAGAGAAAUGCUCCACAUUAUGAGUCUUUUGAGACUCGCUACGCCCGUAUGAUAGUGGAGGCUGAUGAGGUACCAUGGCAGUAUAACAUACUUGCCAGUGCCGCACACUGGAUCCUGCUGGCCGGCUACUUGGUGGUGCCUGGCACGUUCACUUCGCUACAGAAGUCAGAUGCAGUUUCAAAGGACUUUAUGGCAAGCGAAGCUGGGGAGAUGGUUCUUGAUAAAAUACAAAAUCCUCCGCUACUCGCCAUAGCAUGUUUUCUUUUUGUCACAGGCUUGAUCAUUAUGGCGUGGCUCUAUUGGGAACACCGGGGUAAUUAUAUUUGGCUUAUUAACAGAAUUUUCAUGCCAACUCUACUGAAUGCAUUAGCCGGUCUCCUGACAACUAUCAUCAGUCUUUAUACGGCUCAUGGUGGCAACUGGUCGAUCAUGGCUCUGCUAACUGUUAUUGCGUCCGGUCUUUCCGUUGCCUCCUGUCUGGCUUUACUUAUCAUAUACAAAUUCGGAAAAUUGGAGAAGCUUAGACAAGAACACGCUCGCAUAUUUUACUCCGAUGGUCGCGCAACUUCCACCUAG